AUGCGAUCCAAAGGCUCCAUCACUACUCUCGAGCGCCAGCUUGGCUUCAAAUGGGCCAAAGGACUGUCACGAGAGACCAAAGACAGUGCUCAAUCAGAACCUAUUCGGAUACUGCUUGCCCGUAUCGACGAGCUGAAACGAGCGCAUCAAAAUAGUCUUCCUACACCUCUUCCUGGUUUACCUGACCUCCAGCACGAGAUCGAGCAGCUCUUUCGGACGGUAGGGCCUGACCUCUGGCCCAACCCUCCUACUGAUACUUCAGGCUGGCUUUGUGAUCCUGCUGUCGAGGACUGGAACGGCAACUGGACUCGGUACCUUCGAUUCGACGAUCUGGACGACAAGGAAAUACUACGCGAGCACUUCCACGCUCUCAUUUACAGCAAAUGCCUUCGUCAUUACGAAAACCAGAAGUCGGCGCGGAAACGACGAAAACGAGAAGAAUCUGAAGCCAACAACCUCUCCGGCAAGAACACCAACAGCAGGCCUGACGCGCAGCAUGAGCAGCCAUACGCCCGAAAGUACAACCGGCCUGCAACGACUUCACGACGACGGCGCAAGUCCGAUGCAGUUGUAUCAACACCUGCGGCUUCGUCGGCUGAUCAGGCCGAUUCCCGUCUUACAAUGUUCAGGUCGUUGAACACGAUGUUCCCCAUAGAAGACCCCAGUCCUGUCGCUCGAAGUCGCUCGUCGAGUUACGAUGGCCUGGGGAUUCCGCGGAGAAGACGGUUCCUCACUUCAUCUAGCUCGAGCAGAGCAUCGACGCCGCUACACCCUACUGCUGAUGGAACUUCGGUGUUAACGCAGAAACGCAGCAGAAGUCCGAGUAUGGAAGACAGGUCACCACCCAGGGUGGCUAAAUCAGCCAAGUUGCAACAUCCGUCUCUUGUUGUUUUGAAGCUGACAUCACAUAAGCUUGCCUCAGUGAUAAGCAGCAGGCGAAAGCCCGGUAACUGGGAGACAUCCAACGAGCCUAAUGGUACCGCAGAAGUUUCCACUCUCGAACUCAACAGCGCAAAGCAGACUCGCGGUGCGGAUCCGACAGACAAUAGAGCCAGCACGCCGGAGUGGACGACGGACGCCAAUCGCGAAACCACCUCUCUCCUCGUGGCCAACCAAAACUUGGUUGGUCAGGCAGCACAAGAUGGCUCUUCGGCUGUCGUUGCUCAUCCAGAGAACGAGCAGGAGCAAUCUUCGAGAAUUAAUGCCGACGGUUCGCCGUCCUCUCAUGGGCGUGCAACGGAAUUGGCAUCACUCCAUCCGCAGGCUUCUGAGGCUUUGAGAGAACAGAGGAUGGAGCAACUCCCGGCGUUCCUUGAUGGUGCAGUUACGACGCCCGCCAAGCGCGAGCAACUCCUUCGACUUGUCCAAAACGGCUCCCUUCGGGAUCAUCAUUCCAUCGUGUACUCUCCAAGCCAUAGCGCGGCCCCUGAUAAUCCGCAUUCUUUCACCUUGGGCGACAAGACGCCUGGCGAUGUUCGACCCGUUGACCAUCCUGAGCAAUCCGUGGACCAAAGAGGAAGCAUGGCGGACAGGACCUCAACAGAGCUCAAGCCUCCCGUCACUCCUGCCGUCAAGGUUGUACACAGUCGGCAGCAGAUGGCGCAGAAUGGGCAUGCGGCGGCCCCGACAUCACUUCACUCGACCACUUCGGGUGGUGUCGAGCGACAGCUGACUAUGGCUGACGCACCAAUGUCCCCCACCCACACCCCUAUCGAGACAGCAGAUCCACGAGCUGGCGGGCUGCCAAUUCUUAGAGGCGGCAUGACGACUGCUACGGGAAGCUCUGUGAAUCGCUCAGACCACGAUGGCCCGCAAAACACGCGCGAGCAGUAUCAUCUCAAUGGCACCGAGCAGACCCCAACAGCUCCUCAGCCGUCAGACACUCCUCUGAGCCAUCGGCGAGAGGAGAAGAGUUUCAUCAUCAGGCUCAAGAGUAGUCAGGUGAAGACCCGCACGUUCAUCGAAGUGGACGGCCAGACUACGGUAGAAGAGCUCUUCGACAAGGUCACGCAGAGGUUGCAUCGACGUCUCAUUGAGCCAGUGCUUGAGCUGGAGCUGCGGCCGGAGAAUUGUGAGGAUGACUUUGAGCCCUUUGGCGUAUCAAAAGACGAUCCUGUCACUUGGCGGAUGUGCUUCAAGGAGCUUGCGGGCAGGCCGGAGGACGAAGUCAUCGUCUAUGGGGAGAUUAUCACCUGA